CAAAUAUAUUAAAUGUAAAAUCCUACUUAAAAUCAGAUGGUAGAUGAUUUUGUUCUCUUUUUUUAUAUUCAUUGCUAUAAUAUGGAAUAGUUAGGUUUGUGAAAGGCAUAUACCAAGGAUGGCUGAGGGAGUAAACUUGACGUCAGUCAAAGACGGUACAGACGUAGACUUCGGUUUUGUCUGUACACCGUGUGGAGAGGAUCAUAUUAGAAAAGGCGCUGUCAAGUACUGUCCGUUAUGUCUGGAAUACCUUUGCGCAACAUGUACAAAACAUCACGGUCGACAGAAUGCUACACGUUCUCAUAAACUGCUAGACAGAGAUGAUGCCAACACUAUUUCAGUGAUAGCGGUGACAACAAAAUGCCAUAUACAUCCAGAACAAGACAUUGAAUUCUUUUGUAACUCACAUGACAUGGUCUGUUGUGCAAAAUGUAUAGCCACAGAACACAGGUCGUCUUGCUUCGGAGUGGUUAGUAUAAAUGAGGUAAUCCCAUCGUUGGUGGAAGACAAAAUGAUACAGCAGAAACAGGAUGAAAUGAAAGACAUUCAAAAGUGUCUCACUAGCAUACCAAUUAGAAAUCAAGAAUUCAUCGAUUCGAUGCAAAUUCAAAAAGGCAAGAUAUUCAACAAAAUUGAAGAAGUUGAAAAAAAUUUGAUAGAGCACAUAGCGAAACUGAAAAAGGAACUAACUGCUUCAUUAGACCAAAUUCAUGCUAACAUCAAUGAAGAAUAUGUUUCAGAAGUAAACAACGUGACUCCUAUGAUAAAAGAUUUAGAAGAAAUGACAGCUCAUUUACAAGUCGUCCAAGAUAAAGAUAAUGUUGACACAGCACAAACAUUUGUGCUAUUGAAACUCGCGGGGCAGAUGGCUAAGGAUGCUGCGAAAAUGUAUGAUGACUGGGAAUGCAGCGGUACCAAGACAUUAUAUUUCAUGGAAAAUCAAUUUAAGACUUCGAUGACAACAGCAAAUUUAGGGCAAAUAUGUCAAAUAAUUGUACCUAGAAAUAGUACGCAUCUUCGGAAACUGGUAAAAAAUAUGAACAUUAAGACAAAGAGGGGGCGAUCCAUUUAUAGCAUUAACGACAUAUGUAUGCUUCAAGACGGUACAAUCAUAGUUGCUGACCAUGCCAACAAGGUGCAUUGGCUGGACACAAAAUAUAGGGUCAAGGACGUCUGCAAUCUGGGUGCUAGUCCCUCAAGCAUUUGUUGCACUGGCCAGAAUGAAGUUGCCGUGAAAAUGAACAACAACACGGUACAGUUUAUAUCAGCUGCCCAUUACUUGAAUAAACUGGAAAGUAUAUCAGUAUCAGAUGGAACUGUCAAGGGACUUGUCCACUGUCAUGGUGAACUGUGGGUUUCUACAAGACAAGGUAUCGACGUAUACAACAAAUCCGGCUCGAAAUUGAGAUGUAUUGAAAAAGACACAAAUGCGGAGGAUAAAGGAAUAUUUGCCCCCCAAUGUCGAGGUAUGGCUGUCAGUGAAGACACCGUUAUCGUUACAUGGUUUAAUGAAAUAGAUGGCGCGGUAUGUUUUAGGGGAGAUGGUUUAAUGCUAAGAGAAUUACGGCACCGAAAGCUUAAAGGAACCAUUGAUGUGUGUGCAUCAAAUGAUGGAACAGUGUUUCUUUUAGGAUCUGCUUCACGCAAUAUCGUCUUGUUCAGUGUUGAUGGCAAAUAUGUCAGAGAAUACUCAACGGCAGAUAACUGUCUGGGUUAUGCACAGUUCAUCCGCUACGACGAUAAAAAGAAGUGCAUAAUAGUCAUUAAUCUAGACAACAGUAUUAGCAUAAUAGACAUAAGUGAUGACACAAUUGAAGUGUAAUGUAAGUGGCCUCGUACUGAAAACGUACAUCUAAGCAAAAUGUUCACAUAGUCAUGCGAUUCAACAUUAUGUUGAAAUAUCUUUUAAUUGUUUCCAACAAAUGUCUGAAGGUGAAACAGAUCAUAGUAUGUGUAACAUAUCAUGUUCUUCGUUUGACGAUGUGCUUAGUGUACACACAAGUGAACGAUUCCCUCUUUGCAAAUAAAGUUUUGCAAUAUUCUAUCAUAAAUAACUUAUUUGUGCGAGUACUAGGGUGUGGUAAUUAUUUCUAUUGUGUAUAUCUUAUAGUCAUUGAAUUUCUGCUCUGUGAACAUGAACGAUUCAUAAAUGCAUCUGUUCCAAUGUUUGUGCAAAUACAAAUGUUUGCUCUUUAUGUAAUAUACAGUACAUACCAUAUAAAUCAAUUGUUGAUCUAAAUGCAUUUUAUGAGAUAAUCACAAACUACAAUCCAGACACAGCGACGAUUGUUUGAAUUAUCUAUUCAAACAAAAGUAAAAAAAAAAAUUGUCGUCGUGACGUCAGCAUUGACGUCAAAUCCUGUCAAUUAUUUCGUAAGACAAAGCCGACCGAAUAGUGUUACCAAACCAAAACAAACACAAAAAUACCAAGAACUAUGUAAAAGAUGUGAGGUACUAGAGCCACUUCUUGUUCAAACAUUCAUACCAUAUACAGAGUGGUUUGUGGAGGGGAGGGGUUGAGAUACAGAGUCAUUAGAACACAUAGAUUUACCGUACGGUUGACAUCAGUAUUAUUUUGUGGAAAGAACCUCAUUCAAGGUACAUUUUGUAACCUGACAUUUUUGAUAUGUUCUUCAAGAAAUAUACAAGUUUUUAUACCAACCAAUUCUUUAUUCUUUCAACAAUUACAUUAUGAACAUUUAUUUAUUGUAGCCCGCCCGCUUGGCUCAGUAGGUAGAGCGUUGGUCUACGGAUCGCGGGAUCGUGAGUUCGAUCCUCGGACGGGGCGUAUGUUCUCCGUGACUAUUUGAUAAACGACACUGUGUCUAAAAUCAUUAGUCCUCCACCUCUGAUUCAUGUGGGGAAGUUGGCAGUUACUUGCGGAGAACAUGUUUAUACUGGUACAGAAUCCAGGAACACUGGUUAGGUUAACUGCCCGCCGUUACAUGACUGAAAUACUGUUGAAAAACGGCGUUAAACCCAACACAAACAAACAAAAUUUAUUUAUUGUUCUAUUUUCUUAUAGGAAAAUUUAGAUGUGAAAAAUUUGGACAUAUAUUUAUGAAACCAUACUCGUCUAGGUGCAGACAAAGUUAUGUAAUUUUCCAGAACAUUAUUACCUUAAAUGGCUGAGUGUUUUCGUUUAAUUAUCAUAUAUGUUAAAUCAUGUUUACAAAUGCGUAAUUGCAACACAUAUAAAUGACAAUCAGGAUUGAGCGGUUGUCAGGCUGAUAACUUAUGCUACCUGCGUUUUUGUAUCAUAUUUCAAUAGUAUUUUGAUCACAGUUGUAUAAUUGCUUUAUUUACAAAUGUAUGCAUAAAAUAAUUUUGUUAUGAAAAUAUGGAUUGAUUCUAAGCGUAACACUUCUUGCAAAAUAUGUUUAAAUUUUCAUCCUUGACAUAGAUCAAUGUAUGUUUGUAUGUGUGCUCCUUUAUGUACUUAAUUUACAUGUAUUCGCCAAUACAUUCAACGGGCUUUUACUGAGCCGUGUGUAUGUUUUCAGAGACGUACAGACAGUUAUUCCGUCUUCUGGUUUACAAUAUACGUCAGCUUACAAUUAAUAUAAGUUUUCAAUUAAUGUUCUCUUGAUCAGCGCAUGUGUUUUCGUAAUGUUUAUGUCGCGAAUUAAUCAUUGAAAAUAAUAAGCAAAUUAUAUUUUAUUCAUAUGAAUAAAUUUGAUUGAGAACUCUUA